CCGUCCUGGGGUCUGUGGCCUGUGGGCUGUCGCAUGCGGCAAGCGCGCAGCGAGCCCGGAGGCGCUAUGUCUUUCUGCAGUUUCUUCGGGGGCGAGGUUUUCCAGAACCACUUUGAGCCGGGCGUCUAUGUGUGUGCCAAGUGUGGCUAUGAGCUGUUCUCUAGCCGCUCAAAGUACGCACACUCGUCCCCAUGGCCAGCGUUCACUGAGACCAUCCAUGCCGACAGUGUUGGCAAGCAUCCGGAGCACAACCGGCCUGAAGCCUUAAAGGUGUCCUGCGGGAAAUGUGGCAAUGGGCUGGGUCACGAGUUCCUUAACGACGGCCCCAAGCGGGGGCAGUCCCGCUUCUGAAUAUUUAGCAGCUCAUUGAAGUUCAUCCCUAAAGGCAAAGAAGCUUCUGCCUCCCAGGGGAAGUAAGGAGGCAGCCCACACCUCCCAAGUGGCCACACACAUCCACCACACUGUGGUCACCUCUCCUUGGAAUUAGAGCCCACUGACAUUCAGCGGGGGAAGGUGGGAUAAGGUGGGGCGGGGGCUGGAACAGCAGAAGCACAAGUAGGUGUUUCUUGUUCACCCAUACCCCUCUUUGCCAGGAUGGGGCCGAGGGGCCAAGCAGUUGUCUCAUCUUGGCCUUAGAAUCUCAAGGCUGGGACUCUUGGCUUCGUGGGUCUUGAAUAACAUCAAACCCCCAGCUUCUUUUCUCA